CAUUUCCCGCUGGGCGCCGCCGCGGGCGGUAGCGCUGGGGAUUAGUGAGGUGCUACGGGCAGCGAUAAGGAGCGAUGAGGAGCCGGAGCGGAGCCCGUGGGGACUCCCCGCCGCGAGGCACUGCCGCAGCCCUGAAGAGGAGGAGUGGCAAAAGCUCGUCACCGUUCUGACAGAAAUGGUUUUCCUCUGGAAUCUCCCUGGCAGCGGUAGAUCUGCAGAGGACAUCCAGCUUUAGACAGCUGUGGAAUCCUGGCGAUGAGCACAUUUUAUCACAAUUUCUCAGGAAGGUGCAGAACAAGUCAGCUGGCUUUGAGCAUGCCUCAUGCAGGAGACUCCUUUGUUCAGCAGGCAGAGGCACACGGGAGCCUGCUGUGAUUCCCAGAGUGGCACUGUUGCUGUCCUGGCAGCAUGGCCAACAAGGAUCCGAGGAACUGCAGCAGAAUGUUCCUUUGGCAAGCAGAGAGGUUUGUUUGUUAACCUCCAUGAGAACUCCAAUGGAUGUGCCAGUGCCUCUCUGUCAGCUUGUGUGCCUGACCUUUCUGUCUACAGCUGUUUGCAGCCUGCCUGAAAGAAUUUUGGAGGGGCUUCCCUACAACCUUCAGAUGGACUCCCACAAUUUCCAGCACAUUUUGUCCUGGCAGGCAGAACAUGACCCAGCUGUGCCAGCAUCCUACAACGUGCUGUACAGAGACCACAGGAGCCAGAGCUGGAUGAGUGCUCAGCAGUGUUCAGGCAUUGCCCAGCUCUCCUGUGAGCUGACAGAGGAGUUCAAGGACAUAUCCCCUGAGUAUUCUGUACUUGUUCAGAGCAUUGGAGGAGCUCAGGUGCUCAAUUCUUCUGUGCUGCGUUUUGUGCCACUCAUUGAGACAAUUCUGGGACCACCAGAAGUGAAUAUCACUUCCUGUCUAAGCUGCAUCAAUGUCACCAUAAAGCUGCCAGCCUCUCACUUCAGAGCCAAGGGGAAGCUGCUGUCUUUAAUUGAUAUCUAUGAAGAGCUGGAUUAUGACAUCACGCUGAAAUCAGAGGAUGGAGAGCUUAAGAGGCCUCGGCAGACAACCACUGAAGAGGUGUUUAGUACUGUCAUUGAAGAACUGUAUCCCAGCAGGAAUUAUUGUGCAUCCGUGGGGGUCACUGCAUCCCUGAACAGGAAUUUUGUCCCCUCCCCCUUGAAAUGUGUCACCACAGACUCGGAGGCUCGGCAAGGGUAUCAUGAAGUUCCAGUGGCAGUUGCUGUCGGUGUUUCACUGAUAAUUGCUGCAGUCCUGAAGUGUGUGCAUUCAGCAGGUUUUAUUUUCCCGGAGUUUACCCUUCCUCAGACCUUGGCAUACAUCAAGAAGUUGGCCUACUCGCCGUGGGUGUCUGAGUCAGAAGCACUGGCCUCUGUGGAGAUCAUCCCCAGAGAGGUGAAAAGCAAGGCCAGGCGCUGCAGAGGCAGUGACAGCAGUGACAGUGACAGCAGUGACAGCGACAGCAGUGACAGCGACAGCAGUGCCCCGUGUGACCACGACUACACCAGGCGGGACAGGCUGGGCAGGGGCAGUGUCCCCCAGCGCUGUGACACUCCCAGCAGCCCGAGGCAGUACUCGGAGAGCAGCACCUGUGAGCACAGCAGCAGCCAGGCUGGGGACACGCCAGCUGCUGAGCCACAGCAGCUCCAGGAGCACCCUGGAGGGGAUGGAGACACGAGCAGCCAGUUGCUGAGCCCUCUCUCUGGGGACAGCGGCGAGCCCCAGAGCGGCAGCGGGUGCUUCACCAUCAGCCUGCACACGGUGCUGCUGGGAACCCUGGAGCAGGACGGGCACGGCUCUGCAGCUGCUGCCCCAGCCCAGCAGGAUGCAGAGGGCUGGCACUGUGCCCAUGCUCUGCAGGAAAAGCUGCUGGAGGACACGGGAAGUGGGCAGGGGGCACCUUGUUCUAAUGACUUUCCUGAGUGGCAAAAGUCCUCCUCUUCCUCUGAGGAAAGCGACUCUUCGGACUCGGACACAGAGCAAGUAACGGGGUACAUGAGGAGGUGAAGGGAGAACUGCUUUUACUUUAUAACAUAGGAACCGGUGUUGUCCAACUUUUAUUUCUGCACUGAACACACAGGUGUUGUCCUGU